AUGCGGCCUGCAGGCCAUCGCCUGACAGUCCUAGAACUGCAGGUCGCCUCAUUAUUUGCCAUACAUCCACAGUCCGUCGCAAAAGUUUCGCAGUUCUUGCUUGUAGUGUGUAGACAAAAGAACAAUAAAGCAGUGUUUCCAAAAACAUCAGAGGAGUGGCAAGAAAUAGCUUAUAAUAUUGAAACCAGAUGGAACUUUCCUAAUUGUGGAGGAUCUAUUGAUGGUAAACAUCUGCGAAUUGUUAAACCAGCCAACAGCGGGUCAUAUUUUUUUAACUACAAAGACUAUCACAGUAUAGUUCUCAUGGCCCUUGUUAAUGCUGAUUACGAAUUCAUAUAUGUUAAUGUAGGCUGUAAUGGGCGAGUUUCUGAUGGAGGGGUCUUAGAAUAUACAAAAUUUUACGAUAAACUUAUAGAAAAAAAGCUAAAUUUGCCUUCUAAUGACGUAACAAAGCAUAAUUUAAAUUUCGUUUUUGUGGCAGAUGAUGCGUUUGCAUUACAUGAAAAUAUUUUAAAACCUUUCCCGGGAAACAAUUUAACAAAAGAAGAAUCUAUUUUCAAUUAUAGACUUAGCCGUGUGCGCCGCACGGUUGAGAACGCGUUCGGUAUAUUAGCUAAUCGCUUUCGAGUAUUCCAUACUCCAAUUAAUAUGCAACCUGACAAAAUUGACAAAAUUGUACUAGCAGCUUGCGCGUUGCAUAAUUUUUUGAGACGUUCUAAAACUUCAUAUAUAACGAGAAAUGAUGUUGACACCGAAAUUAUUGACACAGGGGAUAUAAUAAGGGGAGACUGGAGAGCAGAAAGACCAUUAGAUAAUUUACAACCAGGAUAUGGUCGUAAUGCUUCACGUGAAGCCAAAGAAAAUAGAAGUGAAGAGCUAUUAAAGAGAAAUAUGAAUAUUAACAUUUCUAAAACAAAAGUCCUGACUACUAGACAAGGGAAAGAACUUAAAAAAAUCUCGGAAGGAAGACAUAUAGAUCAAGUACAGGCUUUCGAAUACUUGGGAAUACAAAUACAGGAAGACGGAACCAUGGACGAAGAAAUGAAAGAAAUAUUACUAAAAGCCUCGAACCUGUAUCAUACCAUAAAAACAUAUCGAGAAAAGAAAUAA